UGCUUUCUUCCUCUCUUCUCUCCUCCUUUUCCCUUCAUCCCCAACCUCCCCUCUCCUCCCCACUCUCGGACCAGCUACUCCAUCAUGUCUCUUCAACAACAGGCCACUGUCGCCCCCACCGGCGCCGCUCUUUACGCUCGCUUCGCCCUCGCUGGCGCCAUCUGCUGCGGUGUCACCCACGGUGCCCUCACCCCCGUCGAUGUCGUCAAGACCCGUAUCCAGCUCGAGCCCACUGUCUACAGCAAGGGUAUGGCUGCCUCUUUCCGUCAGGUCGUCAAGGCUGAGGGUGCUGGCGUUCUCUUGACCGGAUUCGGCCCCACCUUCGCCGGUUACUUCUUGCAGGGUGCCUUCAAGUUCGGAGGUUACGAAUUCUGGAGGAAGACCUUCGUUGAUGCCAUCGGACAGGAGGCUGCCGUCAACAACCGCACCGCCAUCUACUUGGUUUCCGCAGGUAUUGCCGAGUUCUUCGCCGAUGUUGCCCUCUGCCCCCUCGAGGCCACCCGUAUCCGUCUCGUCUCCCAGCCCACCUUCGCCACCGGUCUUGUCUCUGGUUUCUCCCGUAUCUUGAAGGAGGAGGGUGUCAUCCGCGGUUUCUACUCUGGAUUCGGCCCCAUCUUGUUCAAGCAGAUCCCCUACACCAUGGCCAAGUUCGUCGUCUUCGAGCGUGCCUCCGAGGCCAUUCUCGAUUCCGUCGGCCCUAAGGAGAACCUCUCUUCCGGUACCUUGACCUCCAUCAACUUGGGCUCUGGUCUCAUUUCCGGUGUGGCCGCCGCCAUCAUCUCCCAGCCUGCCGAUACCCUUCUCUCCAAGAUCAACAAGGCCUCCGGCACUGGAUCCGUCAUGUCCCGCCUCGUCGGUUUGGCCGGCCAGCUCGGUGUCCGCGGUCUCUUCUUGGGCUUGGGUCCCCGUAUUGUCAUGGUCGGUACCCUCACCGCCUUCCAGUUCGCCAUCUACGGCGACAUCAAGAAGGCUCUUGGUGCCACCGGCGGUGUUGAGAUUCGCAAGGCCUAAAUCUCAUAAACCAUCCCGCUCGUCUCUUCAACCUCUUACUUCCUCACCUCAUCAUUAUUCAUCAUCGUCCUUACGAACGCACUCUAUUAUAAACAAUAAAACGAAAAUGCAUAGAGAUUCUGUAC